CUGUGCAGUGUGUGCGUACAACAAAGUGCUCCAAGUCCAAUAACUUUUUGAACCUUUUAUAAAACGCACAAAUAACCAUACGUUUAUCAAUUAUGUUUAACCAAGGUCUUUCAGAAGCGUUUAGAAAUAGGGCAGCAUGUAUGGCAAAGCCAAAGAAGGAGAAAGAAGAUCAUGAUAAGGGGCACUAUGCUGUUGUUGGUGCUAGAAUUAUUCGACCCAACUCCGAGUAUCGUGUAACGGUUACGAGUUUUGAGCUGACCGAUAAGCUGGAAAUGUGUGUAUCGUUAGUAUCGAAGGGUAACGUUAUUGAGAGUAAGAAUGUUUCACUGGAAAGAAAUGAUCAUCAAUCGAUCGUUUUUCAACUCGGAUCUAUCCCGGACGAUAAAUAUGAGCUGGUUGCAGAAGGAAAAUCCGGAAUAGUUUUCCGGAAAGAGGCUACGCUGGAGUACGACGAUAAGUUCUGCUCGGUUCUGCUGCAAACUGAUAAAGCUGUGUAUAAGCCAGGAGAUACGGUGCGUUUCCGGGUGCUUGUUUUGGAUCGUAACAUGAAGCCCGCGAUGGCUGGAUCCAGUAUGAGGCUGUUCAUUUGUGAUGGCGCAGGUAAUCGAGUCAAGCAGUGGAAUGAUGUAAGCCUUAAUAGCACUGGAGUUUUUGAAGCGGAGCUUCCACUGUCCACGGAGCCAGUGCUCGGGGAAUGGAAGAUAAAUGUAGAGGUGUUGGGAGUGAAACAAUCCAAAUCAUUCGAUGUGGAUAAGUACGUUCUUCCAACGUUUGAAGUAAACGUAAAAGGAGAUAGCUAUACGACGGUUGACGAUGAAACUCUCAAAGUAUCGAUCGAGUCAAAGUACACGUACGGCAAGCCGGUUGUUGGGGAGCUAACUCUCUCGGUGAAACCGAAAGAAAAUUACUACUAUGGCGAGAAAGUUACUACUUUUUGUCAAAAGACGGUACCAAUUAAUGGUAAAACAGUGGUGGAGUUUAAUCUGCAGGAUGAGCUCAAACUGAGCUCAGCAUAUUAUCGCGAGUUUUCCUUCGAGGCUGAGGUCCGCGAGCAAUUAACAGGACGUACGCAGAGUGGCUCCGCGACUGUAAAGAUCCAUGACGAUCGAUACACCGUGAAAUUGGUGGAAGAGGCAGAGUAUAUUCCGGGACUCCCAUACAAAGCAUGGAUAAAAGUAACCAACCUUGAUGGGAGCCCUGUAGAGGCAGAUUCCAUCAUGGUUUUGAUUCGAAAUGAUUCCAAAGUUCAAUUAACCAACUAUAUGCUGGACAACAAAGGCAUGACCAAAUUGGAUUUGAAUCUGGAUAGCAUGAAAUUUAAUUAUCUCCGCAUAGAAGUAUUGUUUCGCGGAAAAUCAUACGAAGUCGAAGGAAUUAGAAAACGUCGUGGAAAAAUGGAUGCAUUUAUCAGGAUAUCAACAUCGGAGCAGCAACCAUCGCUCGGAAACGACUUGAAGUUUGAUGUUUGUAGCACAAAGCCUCUCAAGUACGUCGCCUAUGCUGUCCUGUCUCGAGGAGCCGUGGUCAAUGGUGGAGUUGUUGAAGCCAGUGAUCAAACAUGUAUUAUUAUAACAAUUCCGUCUGUUUAUGCAAUGGUUCCUCGAGCAAAGUUACUCGCAUUCUACAUGUGUAAAGAUGGAAGCGUCGUUAGUAACAUUACUACAAUUGAGUAUCAUAAUAUCUUCGAGAACAAUUUAGUUUUAGAUAUUACAAAUCAUGACGUUAAGCCAGGCGAGACAAUUGACAUAAGCGUGAUAGCAAAUGAAGAAUCAUUUGUUGGAUUAUUGGCGGUAGAUCAAAGCGUUCUUUUGCUCAAAAGUGGAAAUGAUCUCAGCCGGGAUUGUGUGGCGAAGGAGUUGGAGGCAUAUGAAUGUUCUCGGAAUUAUUCGUAUAAUCACUGCAAUUUUCCUGAUUUCCAGGAUGCGGGCGCGAUAUUCAUAUCAAACGCUCAUGUAGAACGCGACGAACGUGAUGAUCACCCAGCGGUUAUGUUUUCGGCAGAAGCUUUUCGUGGAGUCCAAUUAGGCGCGCCUAUGAUUAUGAAGAAAGCGAUGAGAUUCACUGAAGGAAUCAAAAUGGGCGCCUCAGAAGCCAAGGAACCAGCUAUUCGCAGCAAUUUUCCAGAAACAUGGAUUUGGGAGAGCAUUCAAAAGUGUAACAAGGAUGGUGAAGUGAUAAGGAAAAUCGUGCCCGACACGGUGACUUCUUGGAUUAUUUCGGGUUUCUCGCUUAAUCAAAACACUGGACUUGGUUUGAUUAAGUCUCCAGCCAAGAUAAAUGUAUUCCUACCAUUCUUCAUAUCGAUGGACUUGCCGUACUCGGUAAAACAUGGCGAAAGUGUCCGAAUUCCUGUGAUUGUUUUCAACUAUCUGGACGAAGAUCAGACGGCGGACGUGAUUUUCUACAACAAAAACGGGGAGUUUGAAUUUACGGACGAUUCUGAGUCAAGCGUUUACGAAGAUCAUCACCGAAGGAUGAAAGUGCUGCUAGCGAAAGACGG